UUCUGUAGACUGUCCAGAGGAUCCAGGUGGCUGAUCAGUUCGAGGUCCUCUGUGCAGUCUUCAGUCGUGGGGCAGGUGGAAGAGCCUGCUGUGUGAAGAUGCCGUACCCGCAACUCCUGCAGAAAGCUCCCUUUUUUAGAAGCCAGGCAGCCAUUGACGGCGAUUUUCAGGAAAUCUGUCUGACUGACUACCGAGGACAGUACGUGGUUCUGUUCUUCUACCCUCUCGACUUCACAUUCGUCUGCCCCACUGAGAUCGUGGCAUUCAGCGACGCAGCAUGGAAAUUCCGUCAAAUAAAUUGUGAGGUGAUAGCGUGUUCGACCGACUCGCACUUCUGUCACCUGGCCUGGAUCAACACGCCUCGCAAGGAGGGCGGCCUGGGGCCCAUGAAUAUCCCGUUGCUCUCCGACAAGAACAUGGUCAUCUCACGCGCCUACGGCGUGCUCAACGAGGAGCUCGGGUACCCGUUCAGAGGUCUGUUCAUAAUCGAUACGGAGGGCGUGCUGCGACAGAUCAUCGUUAACGACAUCGGCGUGGGCCGUUCCGUGGACGAGGUGAUGAGACUCGUGCAGGCCUACCAGUUUGUCGACAUACACGGAGAAGUGUGCCCUGUUGGAUGGAAACCGGGAGACAAAGGCGUGAAUCCCGACACAGACAAGAGCAAAGAUUACUUCGCUGUUUCACACAAAUAAAACGCGACACGUCUGAAACAUCGCUAUGCUGACAAAAGCAAGCCUGACCAUUCUUUCACCUGUAACAUGUUCGAAUUGGAUAAUGUGAUUAUUGAGUGUCACAAUAAAAUUAAUUCAC